GUCAACGAUGGCAAUAUCCUGCAUCCGCAUCGCCAACAAGACUAAACUUCUCGGGCUGCAUGCGCCGUCUGCUGCUGAGAAUCGCCAUCUACCCCUCACGCUCCUACCUUGCUACUCUCCAGCCCCCCCAUCUGACGCGCCACCCGCCCGCGUAAAUGGAUGGCGCUGGUGAGCUCUGAAACUGACUCCAGCACGCCGGGCACGGAUCCUGAGCGCAACAGCUUUAUUCCGCCGUACUGGCAGCGACAUGAGCGCAAUGCCAGUCGCCUGAGCUCUUACUCGUCGGACAAUGGGCGUCCGACGCCGAUUGCACUCGAAGACCACACCGAAGAGGGAUCUGACCAGCUUAACGUGCUCUGGUGCAAGGGUGUCACGAUUGAUGAUUACGUCGUGGUAAGUGGAACGGCCAAGGGCCUGGGGGCGUACGUUGUGUGGAAUUGCACGGUUGAGACUUUGGAUGGUGGCCCCAUGAAGAUACGGAAGAGAUAUUCGGAGUUUGAAGACCUCCGCCAAAAGCUUGUCACGACAUUUCCUCAGGCUGGGGGCUCUAUGCCCCAGUUUCCGCCCAAAUCGGUAAUCUCUCGCUUUAGGCCCAGAUUCCUGGAGAAGCGCAAGGAAGGGCUCACGUAUUUCUUGAACUGUGUGCUGCUGAAUCCGGAGUUUGCUGGGUCGCCGGUGCUGAAAGAGUUUUUGUUUGCUUGAUCGCAUAUACAUGGGAUUGGACAUGCGCGCGUUGUUUAUGGACUGCAAUAUAACGGGUUGGACGUACAUGUAUUGAUUAUGAACAGCAAGAGCAUGGAGCGGUCACGGG